UCUUUCUAUUUUCCAGAUCUAUGAGCACUUAAAUGAUGGCGAUUCAUUCAACGAUCAGCCCGAAAGUCUUAAUUUUUAGUUUAGUUUUUUGUUCGAUCACACUGAGGACCACAGCCGAAGAGAAGCGAUGGUCUAGACAAAUAUCGAAUGCUGGUUUCCUAAACGAUUGGAUUCCCGUUCAGCCGCAGGCACAACCGCAACCUAGACAAACAAAUGGACGUGUAUUGAACUUUGGUCCACCAUUCGCACAGAAUGAAUUCAAUCAGCAACAGCCAUCGGUCGGAUCGACCACAACCAAUUUGGGUGAACCAUUCCAACGGAUUUUCUUGCAGCAAAUGCAUCCACCCAAUUUGCCUAUUCUGCCACAGAAUCAGCAACAAUUGCAUGUGAGCAAUUUCCAAUCGACACCAUUCCGUCUUCACAAUGAAAUGCAAUUGAAUGCCGGCCCAUUAAACACUGGACCACAACAUUUCCUGUUGCAACAUCCACAGCCCGAAUUGCCCACACCACAGUUCAGAUAUCCACAAUUCAAUCCACAAACCAAACCAGAUUUCGUGCGUAAUGGUGAUUCUAGUCUUCAACCACCACAAACACAGCAGUUAAUUCAAAGCGAACCGCCACAACUGAAAACCAACGGUUUGGAAAAUCAACAGCCAAGCCUCGAAAUGCAAGUACCACCACAAGAAGAAGUACAACUUUUGUAUGUUCCAUUGGAUACUUUGUAUCAUCAGCAGCAAGAAAAACUUCAACAAAAUACGCGAUACAAUAUUUUACCAUCGCCAGUAAAUCCAUUGGCAAUCAACAACUUUUAUACGCAUCAUCAAAAAUUCCCAGCCACAACUGUCACACCAACCGGUACACCAUUCAAAAUUACGACUCCACCUGCAGCCAAACUGAGAACAACCACAUCGAAGCCCGUUCAUCGAUUUUCAUUCAAUACAGUAACCGAAAGCCCAAAACCAAAAUCACAUCAACCCCCAUUGGCCAUGUUCAUGCGGAACAGUCUAUCAGUCGCAAACAGCCCAUCAGUGAAUGAUGUGUUGUCGCAUUUGGUGUUCUCACGUUCGAUCGAUGUCAUUGAUGCGGUAGGCGGCAAUGCACCAAACAUUUUCAUCGGUCCGUACGGUCUCAAUACACCAGAUGGCUAUUCGAAAUUCGAAUUACCAUACUUGUCAGCACUCGAACAAACUCGCUCUGACCGACAAAUCAAUAUGUUACCAUUCUUCGUAGCUCCAUUAAGUUAUCGUGCACCAAAAGGAUUUGCUAAGAUCCCGUUACCAACGCCGCAUGUCGGAUCAGUUGUUGUUAAUACACCAAACUCCAUUCCAGAUGUAAAUAGUUACGAUAACAAAAACUUCUUCUCGGACGCAAAAUUGCAUCAACCGACAACGAAAAAGCCAGCCCAAUACUUUAGUUAUUCGACACCAGCACCAGAACGAUCACGUACCACAUCACGAUUCCGUUUCGGAAGUGAAGUGUCAAAACCAACAUACCAACAAAACGAACCGGAAGUUGUGUCACCAACACCAACGACACCAUCCAGCCUAAACAAUUUCAGUACAUUCAAAUCAACUCCGGCGUACAAGGCACAAAUCGAUAAUUUAUUCCAACACUCAAUUGCAAGCGAAUCCGAUGAACAAAACUUCAAUAGUUUCGGUAGCAAAUACCACACAACCAGCAACUUUGCAACAGCUGCACCGCCAAAACAAGCGUCACAACCUGUCGUAGAUUACCACCGAUUGAAAGAUGAAGGCCCAUCAAAAUAUCCAUUUACUAACACGCAACCAGUCAACACAACCGCAUUCACAUUCCAAAAAGAAGAGCCACAAAGUGUAUUUGGCAGUUUUUUCACGCAAACACCGACCGCAUCAUUCUUCAACACACCGGAACCAGUUGUACCAGUUGUCACGACAAGGCAACCCGAAGUGACUAAGUUCGAUGUCACAAAUUUCGACGAACCACAACGCUACAGCCCAUUUGUAAGCUCAACGCCACCACCAACAAGCACAUCAACUACCAGCACACCAUCGGGACAUGACGACGAAGACACGUAUCGAAAUGAUGAAAUUGAAAAAAUGAAAUCAUAUUUCCGUGAACAAGAAGCAUUCAAAGUGCGCAAUCCAAUUGCAAUCUCAACACCGGCUGCCUACUAUGAAAGCUCAUCGACCGGAACACUUGCCACUGAAAAGGGUUACAACGAAUUCAGUACAAUCCCAACGAGAUCGAAUUAUUUCACCAAAGAGCCCAAACAACACACUCAAAAUGUGGCCACAACACCACGCACAACGGUCACCUACUACACAGCUUCAUCUUCUGCAGAUACGUCGUCUGAACAAGAUGUGCCACGAUUAAAGGGUCACUCGGUGCAUAAGUUCCGAUUUGUUGAUUCAGUGGUUAAGGAUGAAAAUCAAAUUCCAACCACACCAAAACCCGAAGAAAAAUUCAUUCAACACGAGCCAUUGCAAUACAAUGAAGUGUACAGUACAUCGCCACGCUAUGAAACAACCAGAGCUCCAUACCGCGAAAGACAAACGAUUCCACCAUUUGAGGAGAACACGGCAACGUACGACAUUCCAUCUGAAUUGUCACCAAUUCAAUCAAAUUUGCCUGGAUUAGUAAAUUCAUUAAUGGAAAAGGAUGGAAAUACAACACCAUAUGUAACGGUACCGACAACAUCGCCGGUUUCGAUUACGACAAGACGAUCAAGUAUUUCACGCACCAGAACCAGACCACCAACUACACCACGAACACAUCAAAUCGAUGAUGGUUCAGCGCCUGAAAUCACAACACGUCGUCCAGUCAGAGGAAGACGCCCAAUCAACUAUGCCAAUCGUACUUCAACCGUGCGCACAACCACUCCUCGAAAUGUAAGUCGUGUUCGAUUUAAUCCAACCACCGAUGAACGGAAUAACAUUCGUACCAGCACACGAACACGAGCCCGAGUCACCGGUCGACCAGCCGGAAAAGAAGAAGAAAACAUUGAUUACCAACGUGAUGUGCUCAAACAAAACUAUCCGGUUAUAACGAAGAACAUCAACAAAUCAGUCGAUGAACAACCAAACAGAGCAUACAGUUUUAGUCGUGAAACAACAAUUCCACCAUUCGAACAAGUAAAAAUCGAAAAGAAUGUUGAAGUAUCGUACAGUGAAAAGGAAUCAACGGUACCCGAGCGAUAUUUUGGUAGCAAAGAUGAUGGCACAAGAAUUCAAAAUCAAUUAUUGCAAAAAGAACCAGAAAUUCCUCAAAUCAUAUCGACAACCACUUAUACAUCCAUCCAAAAUGAAGACAAUCAAGAAGAAAUCACUGAAGUGCUGAAAACACGCAAACCAUCAUUCAUUCGUCGUGUUCCAACAUCCACCGUACGAUCCGUUACAACGCAACGAUACACCACUCAAUCUCAAUCUCAGUCUCAAUCCGAAUACGAUCCAAACAGAGCCAAGGAACGAAACUCGGUUCGACAGAAAAAUUGGCAAGAAACUAGUUCGGCGGCACCACGCAUCGCAAAACCACGCGUACGUGGAAAGCGACCACUUGUAAUUGCCACAACAACGGUGAAUCCAACCACUGAACUCAAUACGGACCAAUCAUUCCAACAAAUCAAUUCGUUCAAUAAAGGGUUUUACAAAGAAUCUCUAUACAACAAGAAAACCACUGUAAACGACACCAAAAGCUCACCCGAAAAGAGAAAGAAUCAAUUCCGCUUCUCUUUGAACGCUGAGGAAAGUCAAUGGUCAGCUAAAUUCAAUGCAAACUCAUUCCAGCCACUCAGUCCAAAUGAAAAAUCAAAAUCAUCGAAUAAUUUGCCUGAAGUUGAAAUCGUCACCGCUUCACCAAUGUCGGAUUCGGAAAAGGAAACGUACUCGUUUAAUGUUCAGGCGAAUUUCUUCGAUUUUAAUAAGAACAAAGAGAAUGAUAGCGCAUCAACAACGACACAGCCGGAAACAAAUAACGUUGAACCAGACACGGUUUAUAGUAAUGAAUUAGGCAAAAUCAGCUCCAAUCGAAAUGUUGGCACGGAAGAGAACAGCGUACAAAAUUCGAGUCCACAAUUUGGUGAGAAUAAAUCUGGAAAGGCCGGAACAUCAGAUCAAGAAUCUGGACAAAAAUCAGAGAAGAAAGGAAGGAGACGUGGAGUAUGGAAGCGUGUUCGUGUUCGGCCGGUAGAUAGCUUUGAAACGGCUGAAUCGCAAAAUAUCGGCAAACAAUUGUACAAUACCAUCAUUAGUGACAAUGUUAAGGAAUUUGGUGAGCGCAAUGCUAAAAAACCAGUUGGUGCACGUAUAAUCUCAAGCCCGUCAGCUUAUGCAUACGAAGAAACCAUUAACUAUAAUGAUGACAUCGAUCAAAAUGAAAACAAUGAACCAGAUGUACAAACAGUUUUACCCAUGCAAACGACCGAAUCAACAAAAGACGAUUUUGAUCUGACUACAAUGAGUAGUGAAUCGGUUGAAUCCAGCGAAAUAACCACUGAAUCCAUUGAAAAAGAUGAACGAGAAUUGGAGGCUACGUCAACAGUUAACUAUAAUGAUUCAGAUGACUUGACCACAACGAUAAUGCCAUUCAUUUCAUCGGGGGAUGAUUUGGAAAGUUUGGAAAAAUCAACGGAACGACCAAAAACCAAUACAGCAUCCGCCCAUGAUAAGAGUAUCAAAAGCAAUGUUAGCGAUCAAAUAAGUGAACCAAGUAGCAUUAUGGAUGAGGUUAAGCAAAAAUUGACUGAACUCUUCUCAUUUGAGGAUGAUGAUGUGGUGGUCAGCACAACGGAACGUGUAUUCAAAUUUAAUCGCAAUUUCAAACGGCCAAAAUCUCCUUUACCACAUUACACCACCGUUGACCGAAAUCCAUUGGUAAAUGACAUUGCGAACGAUGAAAAAGAUAGCGAAAGCGGUGUUAAAUCAUCGCCAGCUUCAAUGAAAUUGGAGCCAGUCCCCGUAUUAAAAACGAUCUUACGUCCGAUAACAGAACCCUCAUCCUUUCACAAAGAACUGAUGGAUUCUGUAAUUUAUGCAACGUCAACAUCAACAGAAAUUACCGAAUCAACCGAAAUUUGCUACCGAGGCAGAUGCGUAAAAACACACAAGAAACCAUAAGUUUCUUUCAUUAUUGAUCGACGAUAAAUCGAGCAAUUUAGAUUACAAUUUUCUUAAUCAUUCCAUUUUCGACUGAACGAAUGGAAUACUAUCUAAUUCUAAUUCUAAAGAGAAAGAAAAAAAAAAGAAAAAAAGAAAACAUAAACAUCAAUGAUGCAAUUACCAAGGUUUUGCCAAGAAUUUUGCCAAAUAAAAAGACAUACAAUCACACGACUCGAAUCGUACGUAUGGUGAAUAUACGACUCGUAUAUUGUAACACACUUCGUCCGGUAAUCCAAAAUUAAAUGUAAAACAUGUUAGUUGAUAAGCCUUUUUGACAAGUUGGGAACAAGAAAUUGAAACGAAACGACGAAAUUUAUUAUUAUUAUUUUUUUAUUAUUUCAUUAAAUCAUCAUUUUCUAGCUGCAUCCAUUUCGCCAUUUCGAUCACCAUAGUAAUUUUUUUUAAGAGAGUGAAAAAAAAAACAAUUUCUUCUCCCCGAUUUUCAUAGAUUUUUGUUUCACAGAUUUUUUUUUUUGUCUAUCUUCGUUACUAAGUCCUUUGUUAACAAUAUUUAUUUAUUUCGUUUGUACUAUUUUAAAAAUAGAAAUGAGAAAAAAAAGAAAAAAAAAAGAGAAUCCUAUUAUUAUGAACAAAAAGAUACCAUGAUGAUGUGAAAGACAACAACCUUCAAAAUUUGAAAAUUUGUGCGACACAUACAACAAAUUACUCAUCUUCCAGUCGCCAACCAUUAAAUCUAUCAUUGCCUUCCAAAUUAUGACGCGUUCUAACAAUUAUCGAUUUAUAAUAGGUUGAAAUGUAUGUUAACUGAUAAAAAAUAAAUAAAUUAUAAAAACAUA